CCACAUACCCUUAAAGUUCCAAGAUCCUUAUCAUUGUCACUUGUGAGUUGUGUCUCAUCUUCAUCUCCAUUGUUUAAACUUUUGACCCACCAAACAUCAUUCCCAAUAUUCCCUUGUCAAAUCACACUUCAAAUUCCCUAACUUCCACAACUUAAUCACCCCAAAAUCAACUCCUAAUACUCAAAGUUAGUAGCUUUAACAAUCAAGACUUGUCAACGGUUAUUAUAGAUAUGGGUUUGGCUGAUUCUUCAAUACUGAUAACAAUUGACUACUAUCUUCAUUUUUGGCAUAUGUAUGGUGUCGUCUUCUGUGAAAUAUCAUGACGUUUUGUAAGCAACUUCUGGGGUCAAGAAAAGCUACUAGAAGCCAUGCUGAAACCCAAUUCAAGGUCUGGUUUUGGUGAUCAAGAUUGUCGAAAUCGGUAUGUUGAGACCGAUCCAACCGGUCGAUAUGGGCGGUUUAAGGAAGUACUUGGAAAAGGGGCUAUGAAAACAGUGUACAAAGCAAUAGAUGAAGUUCUCGGUAUGGAAGUGGCGUGGGGCCAAGUAAAACUUAACGACUUGCUUCGAUCACCCGAAGAUUUGCAACGUCUCUACUCAGAGGUUCACCUUCUCGGUACCCUUAAUCACGAUUCAAUCAUAAAAUUCUAUACGUCAUGGAUAGAUGUGGACCGAAGAACCUUUAAUUUCAUUACCGAAAUGUUCACUUCAGGAACCCUCAAAGAAUACAGGAAGAAAUAUGAUAAAGUGGAUAUUCGGGCUAUAAAGAUUUGGGCUCGGCAGAUCCUAUCGGGCCUGGUUUAUCUACACGGUCAUGACCCGCCCGUGAUCCAUAGAGACCUUAAGUGUGACAACAUUUUUGUUAAUGGUCAUUUGGGACAAGUAAAGAUUGGUGAUCUUGGGCUCGCUGCUAUUCUCCGUGGCUCCUGCAGAGCACAUACUGUUAUCGGCACACCAGAGUUCAUGGCCCCGGAACUUUAUGAAGAGAACUACAACGAAUUGGUUGAUGUGUACUCGUUUGGCAUGUGCAUACUAGAAAUGCUAACUCAUGAAUAUCCAUACAGUGAAUGUACAAAUCCAGCACAAAUCUACAAGAAAGUAACAUCGGGUAAGCUUCCACGAGCAUUCUAUAAAGUCAAAGAUCUUGAAGCGCAAUGCUUUAUCGGAAAAUGUUUGGUCAAUGCUUCAAAAAGGUUAUCAGCUAAGGAUCUAAUGCUUGAUCCGUUUCUAGCCGUGGACGGAGAUGAACUGGCACUUACAGCCGAAUAUAUCCAUCAGAAACCAUUUAUAAACGAUGAUAUUGAAAUUGAGCGGCUGAAUUUGAUCGGAUAUCCACCGCGAACCAACAUGUCUAUUGCAGGAAAGUUGAAUCCAGACGAUGAUACCAUUAUUCUUCGGGUACAAAUUGUUGAUAGAGAAGGUUCCGUAAGAAACGUAUACUUUCCGUUUGAUAUAUUAAACGAUACACCUGAUGAAGUUGCGUAUGAAAUGGUUAAGGAGCUCGAGAUCACAGAUUGGGAUCCAUCUGAUAUCUCUGAUAUGAUUGAAGGGGAAAUUUCGGGUCUCGUACCCAAUUGGAAUCAUCUUAAUCAAGAUGAAGCUGAUCACAGCCAUUCACUCCACUCGUUUUCAUCUUCCUCAUCAUCUCAGUUAUCGUUUUCAGGCUCCCGACAGAUAGAUGUACCGACAUACGGUGCUGAUUGGCUUCAAGUUCUUGCAGAUCAUGUUUAUGAUGACACAAGUUCUCAAGGAUCUGUAGUUUCAGGAACCUAUUCAAAUGUGAGUUACGUUUCGGCUGAAGACCACAACGAAAAACACGAUCUUAUGAGCCCUACCAACCGAACCCACAACUCUACUAGGUUUGGUCAAGCCUCCAAGAAUCACGAAAACCAGUCAAAUGUGACUGUUGACUUAAACAAAGCUUCAACAUCUAAAGCUAGCACAGGGGCUGGACCUAGGCUAACAAGAAACAGAUCAUUGGUUGACAUGAGAAGUCAACUGCUCCAUAAAUCUUUAGUAGAGGAAGUGAGUAAACGCCGCCUGUCGAAAACGGUUGGAACCGUUGAAGAAGUUGGGUUCCAGGCACCUGUUGUUGGGUCCAGGUCAAGGCUCGGUAUUGGUCAACGGCUCAGGCUCAAAGGGAAAAGAGUUUGACCCACUCAAAAUGUUUAAAAGUCAUGGUUUGGGCCUGGCCGGGCCGGUGUCAUCAAGUAUAAGGACCCUAUUGUAUCUUGGGCUUGUUCUAAAGGGCUGCCUUAGCAAUGUAUAAAAACAAUAAAAUUCAUAGUAAUGUAUAAAUUAUUAAAUGGGUAAUGUACAAGUAAUUACAACAUUAUUUUUCUUAA